AUGUCCUCAUAUUCAGAUAACCAUCAAACAUCGUCUUCCCAAUUUUUACCACCUCAGUCAGCCCAAGUACGAAGCUCUUUAUUUGGUGGACCUAGCAGUGAUGCUGAUCCACCGCCAUCUUCACUGCCUGAGCCACCUCGGAGGUCUAUCUUUGGUGGCCCCGGCUCUCAGGAUGUAAUUCAGAGACAGGAGAUCCAGUCGGAUCCCAUGGAACAAGAUGUCACACAGGGAGAGGAAACUGAACUUGAUUUGAUCCUUCGCGAACAACCGUUGGCCGCCUAUUACGGCUCCGACGGUGACAGUUUUCAUGACAGUGACGACGAGACCCACAAGCCUUCGCGAAGCGUCGCUCAAUCCCAAUUUUUUUCAACCAGACAAACUCGUUCCUUUGGUACAGAGCAGCAGCCAACGUAUGUUGUACAUCGAGGUGUCGAUCUGCCACCCGGAGUUGCGCGUCCAAACCGAUGGAUAGGACACGCAACCAAUUACCGACAGGCUAUCGUUGCGGAGAGAAGUGUCUAUAAUUCUCUUCGGGCCCUUCGUGCAAAUGACCUGUCUGGGCAUCUGUAUGAUGCAUUUGCAAUUCGGCAAAAAUCCAACCAUGAUCAGAGUGAGCCUUCGGACGCUGAUGAUUCAGACGAAGAAAAGACAAGGGCAUUCCGCAAGAAAUGGAUAGCGUGGCCUAUGACUUCUGCUUCAGUUCCUCGGACCGAUGAGAAUCUUCGACGUAGAUUGGAUGGAUUUGAUACAUAUCGAAUGGAACCAGACACACGUCCCAGCGCAGAGCUAGAGGAGUGGAUCAUGGCGACCAUGAUGAGGGUAGGCAAAGAAACAUACAUGGCUCGGGAAUCGGGUUGGAAGGAGGUGAAGGAUUCCCAAGAGGCCAAUCAAACCGAUCCCGAUCCCAAUGCGAUAGUUGAUGACGAAGCUGCAAAAGAUGACAACGAGCAGAAUGAGGAAACCAAAAAGCCUCAACCCAAAAAGCCUCAAUCUCCGCCACGCCAUCCUGUCAUGCAAACCGAUGAAGAUAUCUUACAUCGUCAACUGCGACCUCUGUCACGCACUGUCAUCUCACAAUUAGAUCAGCUUUUAAUGGGGCUCCACCAUUCCUGCGACAUCGAACCAACGAUAUGGACUCCAGUGAUGACUCGGCAACCGACACAGAUGAAGAAAAAGCAAGACCAAUCGCGUGGUACGAAACGGGGACGGAAAGAGUCAAACCUCGAUCAACCGUCCGCCAGUCGAGCCUCAUCGUCACGGUCAUCUCCAUAUAUGGAUGCAACAGAUGAUGAUACGCAAUCUGGAGAAACGCCAAACCAGGCCCGUAAGAGAAUGAUGGACAGGCUUCUGCUGCGCGAUUGGAGCGAGGUUAUGGGCAUCGCCUCGAUAAUGGGUUUGCCAUCUAAUGCUGUUGAGAGAACCUCAAAGCGAUGUGCCGACAUAUUCGAACAAGACAUGUCAUUUCGGACAUUCCACGAAGGCCGUAUAGAGCGGCUGGACCGUCUACCAGACAGCACCUAUACAUAUGGCUAUGUUGAAGACUCCGACAGCGACUUCAACCGGCAACCUAAGCGCAGAACCAUAAGCAGAGACACUUCGAAGGGGCCAGGAUUCCACAACCUGCACCCCCCCGCCGUUCGUGCUUCUUCCGUGGCAUCCAGUUCAAAGCCACAACAGCAACUCGCUGGGGACAAGAACCCUGGCUUCGGCACUGUUCCUGCGAAUAGGAAACCUAAUAUUACUUGCCCAAUCGUUGGUUGCAAACGUAACCUCAGUGGAUUCGCGCGGACCUGGAACUUCAAGCUACACAUGAAGAGGUGCCAUUCUGGAUUUGAUUAUGUAUUACCUUCAGAAACUCCAGAGCCUUCGCGGUCUCCGGCCCCUCAACCCUCUCAACCGCGAGCUGCAUCACAGGAUGUACCUAUUAUCGAACUUGAUUAA